UAUUUAUGAAUUGUCGCUGUUGCUUGGGUCAAGAUUAGUCACAUCGGGACCUACACACAGUUUACACACUACUACAGUGCAAGGGAAGUAUAUAUUUACAAAGUGAAAAUGAGUUCUGUUAUAAAUUAUAUAUUAGGACUGAAAGACCCAUCUCUUGUAGCUAAUUUCCAGAAAUAUUGUCAAAUUGAAAUUUUACCUGGAACUGAGUCUGAGGAAAAGGAUUCUGAGUCUGACUACCUGUCAUCCUCAUCUCAUGACAGUCAUGUGACCAAAGGAGAUUUACACCAAAGACUUACCAAAACCAAUGGGUUUGUGCAGAAUAAUAGCAAUGGUGUCAUUAAUAACGAACACUGUAGUCAAAAUGGCUCUAUACACUCAAACAAUGUUGACCAAAUGGAAAAUGUGCAAAAAGACUGUACACAAUCCGAGAAUAAACCAGAGACCAGGUAUAUUAUACAUAGCAAAUUUCUAUAUUGGACUUUUCGAUUGGGAGCUGGAUUUGGGAAUGAAUUCUUUUAUUUGACAUUUUUCACGUUCUGCUUAUGGAAUCUCAACAGCUUAGUAAUGCGACAAAUGGUCAUUAUUUGGCACGCCGGAAUGUAUUUAGGGCAAGCGGCAAAAGAUAUUAUUGAAUGGCCUCGUCCCUCUUCACCACCAUGUGCCAGGUUAGAGAAUAGAUACUUAGAAGAAUAUGGAAUGCCUUCAACCCAUGCGACUGUUGGGGUUAUAAUUCCCUUUGGACUAAUAAUUAUUGGCCAUAGACAUUAUGAGUUUGAUUUCCCUCUUCCAUUAAUAGUUGCAUUUUUUUGGGCAACAGUUUGUGGACUGAGCCGAAUUUAUUUGGGAAUGCAUUCAGUUUUGGAUGUCAUUGUUGGAGCAGCCAUUGGAAUAAUCCUGAUCCCACUCAUGUUACCAUAUGUAGAAGCCCUUGAUAAUUUCCAGGUUACCAGCAUGUACAGCCCUCUAGUUGUGGUUGGAGGAGAAAUAUUCUUAUUGUACAUAUACCCAAAUGCAACAAUUUGGAAUACGGCCAAGGGAGAUACAGCUACGGUGGUCGGCAUCGGAGCUGGAAUAGCGGUUGCCACAUGGUUGAACUAUCAGUUAGGUUUUAUGAUGCCGUCGGAGGUGGCUAAACCUUAUCAUAUACCAUCGCUAUUUACAUUAAUAUCAAUGAUACCUUUAGCUGAAGUUCGACAUUUAAUAGGUAUUCUAGUUCUAGUCAUUACAAGGGCUGUUGCCAAGCCAGUCACUCACAAACUAUUCUGUCUAUAUUAUAAUGUAGAUAGCAAAGACGAAGAAACACAGAGGAAAAUGGGCAUGGAAAAACCACAGAAGUUUGUUGCCUACUUUUGUGUGGGUUUCGCUGCUAUAUUUAUAGUCCCUAAUCUGUUACGGCCUUUAGGAUUAAUGAGAAUGUCAUUUUAUACAGAAUUUUAAAUAUGUAUUGAAACAGUGCAAUCAAUUAGUUUGUGUUUUAAUUUUUUACUUGUAGACUUAGCUGUUUAUAUAUUUGCAUUAAUUUUUUUAAUGUUUUAUAAUUAUUCCAGGGCCCUGAUAUUAAUGCAUGAUAAAUGUUGGACUACUGUGACGAUCCUUAUAGGAAUAAUCAAACUGUAGAUUCAUUUAUUGUUGUAGAUCAAGGAAAUUUUUUUUUUUGUGGAUAUUUGAAAUCGGCAUUUUUCUAAAAUAUGCUUUAAGAAAAUUAACUUUGUGAUGUACCUUUAACCCACAAUUCUGCAAAGAAAGGACUCCCAUGAAAAACAAUGAAUCCACAUUAAAAGUUUUUUUUUACCUAGUCCUAUAUCCAUCAAAAAUUUGUAUCCCUUAAAAAAUAAUGCACAUGGGAUGUUAUGAAAUGCACCAACUGAUACUUAUACCCUGACAGAAGGGUUCUAUAUAAAAAUUCAUUUAAGAAAUUUCCCCUCAUCUGCACCAGUUGUAGUUCAAAGUUUGAACUUUUAGUUUCAUUUAAUUUAUAAUAAUGAGAAUUAGCUAUAUGGCAACUACCGGUAUCACACUUGAGUUACAAUUUCACAGAUAUACUCUGGAUUUUUUCUUGAGAACCAAUUUAAAGUGGGUUGACAUGAUUGAGGAAAACUUGUAUUUUCUUUGAUGUUCUGGUUUUGCAAACAUAGCCUUUAGAAAAAUUGUGUACGUUCUUUUUCAAUUAAAUUCAUAGUUCACCUUCACCCUCAAUUUCUGUGAAAAUUGGGUAUCACAGGAAUAAUAAUAAAUCCACAGAACAAGGAGCAGUAAUUAAAAUGGUGAUUUUAUCAAUUUGAAAAGUUUUGGAGGAGCUUUUAUGUUGAAAACACUCCAAUGCUGUUUGCCCAAGGCCAGUAUAAUCAUGUCAUGUUUUAAUUGGAUUUAUGAAUAGGAAAUUCAAAUUCAUUUUAAUUCAUCAGGAUCAAGGAUUUCAUAUUAAAUAUCUGUUAACGAUCCAUGUACAUUAUUGUAUAUAUUCAACACACAGGUGUAAUAGAGCAUUGAACAUAUUUUACAUAAAUAAAGACUUCAUUGUUUUUAUUUUUUUUAUCAUUUCAUGAUUUCCUCUGACAGCCAGUAUACUAUAAUAUGUAAUUCACCAUAAAGUCUUUGCUAUAAUAAAGAAGAAUAAUUAUUGGAUACUUUGUAUAAUUACAUAUACAUUGUUUAAGUAAUUUUUCAAAAACAACUAAAAUAUGGAAUAAAAAAAUAAAAUUGAAAUCUCAAAUAGAAAGAUCUUAUUUAUGAAAUCUGUGUUACCAUUACAACAUUGAAGAGCUAAAAUAAAAGUUUACAAUGUUGGACAGAAAAAGAUCAAUUUCCUGAUAAUACUCAACAAGUUCAUGGUUACCUGUCUGUACGAUGAUUCGGAACAUUUAUGUGAUAUUAAUCAAUUUAAUAUGAUCUGGUUUAAAGACCCUCAAAAAGUACUACCUGCACUUUGAGCUUUGAUUAUUACAAAAACUGAUUUAAAUUUCUUCCUGUUAUUUAAUAAACUUAUAUAAGAAAGUUGAGUAAUUUCUUUGUUAAGGUUAUGUCUUUCAAUGAAUACUUACUUUCAAUUCUAAGAAGUUUGAUUUGAUAAUUAUUUCAACAAUAUACACAUGUAUAAAACUGUCAUAAAUACUUUGAAAAUUUUAUUAUUAAAUCCUAAAGAAAUAUAAACAUGUAUAAAACUGUAAUAUACUGUGAUAAUUUUUAUGUUUAAAUUCAUAAGGAACUAGAUACUGGUAUAUAAUUGUCAAAAGUUUAUUAAAUCAGGAAGAAGAUGCUGGCAGGGGCGGAUCCAGCCAUUUAAAAGGGGGGGGGGGGGGUUCAACUAUAUGGUCCCAUUCAAAUGCAUUGAUUGUCCAAAAAAGGGGGUUCCAACCCCUAAAACCCUCCCCACUGGCUGGUUAUUCAAAUAUUUUUAGAUUAUUUUCUGAACUAUUUUUAUACUACAUUCCUUCUGUUCUGAUAGCAAUUGAUAUUUCACACUGUCCCUUUUCUAGACGUGUCAAUUGUUGACUUAGAUUUUGUUCAAUAAAUGUGAUAUAGUGUUUCUCAUUUGUGUAUUAUAUACAUUUGUACCAUGACCUCAUGAACUUGAUCACAUGCUUAAUCCUGAAAAGAUGUAGGACUGCAUAAAAAUUUAUUUAUUAAUUUUAUGUUGCUUGUAUUUACAUGAGAUAUAAGGUUAUACAUGUAUUUGACACAAGUUGCAGAAUAAUUUUCCUCGUGUAGACUGUAAGACGUCAUUUUCAUUUUUUUUUACUUUCUGGUUGCUGUCUUGUAGAUAUGAAGUAAACUAUUCAACUCAUUUACUUUAAAUUUUCUUGGCACUAUGAUGCCAUUGUAUGUAUUUGAAUAUCAUGCAUUUGUCAUGCUUUAAUCAUAAUAUCAGGUAAAAUUGCUUUAAGCACCCCCUUCAAAAAUUUUGAAUUUGAUCAUUCUAUUUUCAAAUUAAAAAAAAAAUAUAUUGAAUAUCUCUGUCAUAAAAAUAAAUGUCACCUUGGAUUUUUAAAUUGGUUUUAUGCACCGAAUGUACUGAUAAAAAUUUACAACAGGUGACGUACUAUGGGCUGACUUUUAGUAACCCAGUUUUGUUAUCAAAACUAUUAUAAACUUUGCACAUGGUGUCAUUACUUAACUUACAUAAUGUACUGAACUUUGAACCUUUGUGUGUAAGCUUCAAUCAGGUGACACAGGUAUUUGCCCCACCUUUGACCUUUUGAUAUUUUUCUAGUUUAUAUUGUUUUAUAUAAUAGAAAGUAGGUCUAUUCAGUAUUGGAAAAAUUGGAAAUCUGAUUAAACAUGUUAAAACAAUUUUGAUUUGAUUAUUGUAAAAACUCAAUCAUAAGUACAUUUAAUAAAACCUAUCAGAAAAUGUUUUGUUUUGUCCAUAAUUCCUAGAUAUUCAUUAAAUAAUUAUGCAGUUAUGAUAUUCCGGUGAUUAUUUUUUUUUUGAUAUGCAUGUGUACUUAAAAAUUAGGACAAAUAUUUUUUUCUUGAUAGAUAAGUGUCAUGAAAAAUGGACAAAAGAUUUUAUUUGACCAAUUAAUAAUUGAUAAAGAAUAACCAGUGUAAUAAUAGUUGUAUGGGCAACUUAGACUUGUAUCUUUUAUGUAACAUAUAAGUUCCUUAUAGAGAUUUUAUGUAUUGAGGUCAGGUGAUAAAUGGACAAAAGAUUGUAUUUGACUAAUUAAUCUCUGAGAAAGAAGAGCUCGUGUAAUACUGCCUGGCUGACUCAGACUGGUUUCUUUUAUUUAAGAUAUAAGCUUCUUAUAGAAUUUAUGUAUUGAGGCCAUGUCGAAUUAAUUCUUUUCUUUUUUUCUUUUUUACAAAUAUUUUAAACUUUGAUUAUUUUUCUAAUUGUUUGAACAAUUUAAAAAAAAAAAUAUCCUUAUUAAAAGUGAAUAAUUUAAGAAUAUACUAACAAUUAUUUUUUGGAUGCAUGUUUGGGAUGUCUAAGGAUAAAGUUCUUAUCAAUGAUUUUUAAAAGAUGAAAUUCCUGAUAGCAGUGAACUGGAAUUAUAUUUUAAAAAGGAAUUGUUCCAUGAAAUUAUACACAGAUUUAAGGCAUUAUUAAACAUGGUGAAUGAAGUAUAAAAAGACCUCUCCCAGUUUUUAAUUCUUUUGAAGAACUUUCACUUGAGAACAAAUAACAGACAUAAACUAUAUAAACAAAUAUACUAUAGAAUAUAUUGAUGUGAAGUCUUUCAGUCAGCAUAUACUCAUUAUAAAUUCAGCAUUGAUAUUUUUGCAUUUGAACCAUGUCUUAUUUAUGGAUUUCUUUUUGACAUGUUUAUUUUGCUAUUGAAAAUGUAAAUAUGUAAAGACCUAAGAGAAGAAUGUUUCAGUUAUAGCAAGUUUACAUUCCAAUGUUUGAUUGAUAAAUAGUUUAACAUGUCCUUAUCAAGGUAAUAGGAGACCAGAGAGUUUAGGGGGAGAGAGGAUAAAAUCUUGCUUUAUGGGAGGAUUCUUUUUGUCCAGCUACAAAUAUUACAUUUGUUUUUCAAAACAAAACCUUUGCUUCCAAUUACAGGGUAUAUUAAGAGCAUAUAAGGUCCACUGGACGACCUGUUACCCUAUAUGGUCACAUUAUUUAAUAGCCUCCUAGUAGGUUUUGCUCUUUUUAAUAUCAAAAUACCAAGUGCUUGGCAAAGAAGUAAUUUAUUGUUGUCUUUGCUGUGAUCCUGUAGGUUUACCAACCACAACCUCCUUAUACAUGUACUUAAGUUAAUCACUCUAUCACAAGACCAAUUUAAUAUGUUUGUUGCCAGUAUUUCCAAGUUUAUUUUUUUUUGCCAGUUUGUUCAUUAGUCCAAUUGAUUGUUGUCAGUUUUAGAAAAUAAAGUUGUUUGUUGCCAAUUUUUUAUUCUUUGUUUGUUUCGAAGUAAAAAAAUGCUGGUGAGGCUUUGAACCACUAUCAAUCAAUCAACUACAGUCAAACCCAGUUGAUAUUGAGUGUGUUCAUAAUUUGCUUUUGAUGACCAGUUAUUAUGUAUGUGAAGGUCCAGUGUAUGUAAAUUUUACAUUGUAUAUUGUUCUGACUAUUUACAUGAUUGUACAAAUUCAUAUGUUCAUUUUAUUUGUACAAAUUCAUAUGUUCAUUUUAUUUGUACAAAUUCAUAUGUUCAUUUUAUUUGUACAAAUUCAUAUGUUCAUUUUAUUUGUACAAAUUCAUAUGUUCAUUUUAUUUAUUUAUUUUUGUCUUUGUCAAGAAAUGUCUCAUUGAUUUUUAACACCUUUUUCCAUUUAAAAUAUAGUGCAUUUAUAAAGCAUUCCCAAAUAACCUUGUGUUUAUGCCAAAAUAUUUUAUGAAAAGAAAACAAGUUGUUAUACUAAGAAUUAUUAAAGUCUAACCCGGGAAGUAGAUAUUAUUUUUUAACGGUUUUUAAGUGCAACAAAGGAAGUAAAAAUUGAUAAGGCCGUUCUAAAUUAAUUCUAUGUUUAAAAGUCGACAUGGCAAUACCUGCAAUACUAGUAAAUGUAGAAGCUUAAAGCUUAUACAAAUAUUAGAUUGGGAACAAAAAUAACAAAAUUUACUAUUGAAUGACAUUAUUUUUCAUUAGUCAUUUUGUAAAUCUGUAAAAACAAAUUAUUUAAAGAAAUAUGAAUACUAGUACAUGUAGUCUCAUUUUAAAUAUGGUACUUUAUGUGUAUUUUAAAGUAUAAAAAGUGAAUUAUUGAGUGAAAUUUCAAACUGAUUAUGUCAACAGUAUAAGUUCAACAUGAUAUCUUUUUUACUUUCUUUCUGAACCCUAUUAUGACGUGUGAUGUUAAAAAUAGAAUUAUUUUUGGAUGAUUAUAAUUAUUAGGUAAUAGUAUGUGAACCUUUGACCUUUCAUUGUUUACACAUAACAUUAGUACAUGUAGCUCUAUAUAUUUAAAUCAAUCAGGAUACUGACUGUGAAAGGGUCAUCCUAAAUAAGUUUAUAUGUUGUAAAUCAACAAAAAAAAAUCCGAUUUUUCUAAAAAAAAAAAUAUUUAUUUUUUGGUACAUGCAGCAAUAUGCAUGAUCAGGAUAAAAAGUAAAAAAAAUAAAAAGCAAAAUAAAAUGUCUAUACUUUAUUGUAAAUCAUAUCAUGAUGGCAUUAAAAAAACCCAAAGAACAUGAAAAUGAAAUACUAGAUCUUGAAAAAAAGAUGAGAUUAAGAUUCUAGAGGUGCCCUCAAUGAUGGGCAAACAACCUUUGGAUAUUUUUGUGGUGAGAAUAGCAUGCUUGUGAAAUAGAUGAGGUUCCUGAAAGAGAGUGGCAAAAAGAGAAAUUUAAAUGUUUAUUUUAUUAUUAAUGGAAAACAGUUUAAGGUAGAAUGAUACGUUUGUAAUUAUUGGCAAUAAAAAAAUGUAAGUUUUCCCAUCCUAGUAUUAAAAUCAGAAAUCAUUUAUUUUAUUUUCAAAUAUUAUAUGACAAAGUUCAUAAUCUACAAUAAAAAACUGUAGUUCAUUGUAUAGUUUAAAUACAAAUAUGAAUAUUAUUAAGAACAACUGACUCUAUAGAGAGGUAUUAUAUGUAUAAGAAAUCCUAUGUGAGUAAAAUGCCUUGUAGAAGUAAGAAAGAUAUGUUAAUACUUCUUGCUGUGAUAUGUGUGACUGGCAAUGUAUUUGUUUUUACUGUGAACAAAGUUAAUAAAAUUCAUAUCGUUA